AUGGCAGACACAUUUUCAUCAAUACCGGAGGUGAAUUAUGCACGCCUAGUCGACCCAGCAACAAAAAGUGACGAGCUUGCGAGACUCCGAGAUGCCAUAUUUGUUGUUGGAUUUCUUUAUCUGACCAAUACGGGUCUUGAGGAUACCAUUCAAUGCACUCAUGAAAGGAUACACCAGCUCUUUGAUUUACCUAUGGAAAUUAAGGAGAGGUGUAACAUGAUACGAUCACCAUCAUUCCUUGGAUACACACGUCUUGGUGCGGAGAAUACAGCAGCGAAGACUGACCUUCGUGAGCAAUUUGACUUUGGUACUCCUGGUCAAAGAUCCUGGUCUAACGAGGACCCUUUCUGGCAAAGACUAGAGGGUGACAAUCAGUACCCGGAGACACCUGGCGCCCAGACACUCGUAGAUGAGUACAUCAAUCAAAUUGAUCAAUUGGCCCAGAGCUUCGUUCACCUGGUAGCAGAGUGCUUAUCUCUUCCCAAAGAUGUUUUUGAUGAUUUCAAGGGAAACAUGAGCAGGCUGAAGUUCGUCAAGUAUCCAAAGGCCCCACCAAAAUCUCAGGGCGUCGGCCCCCACAAGGAUUCUUCUGGUCUUUUCACAUUUCUCUCGCAAGAUGACACUGGUGGAUUACAAGUCCUGAACAAGAAUGGGGAGUGGGUUGAUGUCCCCCCUGUGGAGGGGAGCUUGGUUAUCAACAUUCAACAGGGAUUUGAAGCCAUUACUGGAGGCAUUUGCGCAGCAACAACGCAUCGAGUUAUUGCACCAACUUCAAAAAUUCGAUACAGUAUACCUUUCUUCCUUGGAGUAAGGCUGGAUCUCACCCUUGACCAACUUCAAAAGUCGGCAGCUCACAUUGUAAAAAAUAUUCCGACCUCUGAUGACCGAAAGAAGCGGGCGGUUGAUGUCCCAAGCGAAUUCUUAUCUCCUCUUUACUCCUGCUUCGGUGAGGCGCACCUCAGAAAUCGUAUCCUGAGCCACCCCGAUGUCGGACAACGCUGGUAUCCGGAGCUAUUUACGAAGUAUUCUCAACAGAGACUAGAAUAG